GCAGCACAAAAAUGGAGAAGUUUGCCACACUAAUCUUGGUUUGCAGUUUCCUCAUUGUCCUUGUUUUGUUGCUUUCAUGCCAAGCAACAUCUGACGAAGUUGAAGAUGAGAGGGAGUUUAAUUAUGAAGAUGACAGUGAGAAGGGGCCAGCUCGAUGGGGAAAGAUUCGCCAAGAAUGGAGCAUGUGUAACAAGGGAUCGAUGCAGUCUCCGAUCGAUCUGUUAGAUGAUAGAGUUGAAGUAGUGUCAGAUUUGGGGAGACUUCAGGGUAGCUACAGGCCUCGUAAUGCAACUCUUGAGAAUAGGGGCCAUGAUAUUAUGUUGAAGUGGGAAGCUGAUGCAGGAUUUAUACGAAUAAAUGGAACUCUGUAUCAGCUCAAACAAUGCCACUGGCACUCACCUUCUGAACACACCGUCAAUGACAAGAGCUUUGAUUUAGAGGUGCAUCUGGUUCAUCAGAGCCCAACUGGAAAGAACGCCGUGACUGGAAUCCUGUAUAAGAUUGGAGAGCCCGAUCCGUUUUUGACUUCGAUAAUGGAUUAUUUAGCAGACAUCUCUGGAACCUGUGAAAAGCAGAAAGUGGUUGGUAUGGUUGAUCCAAAGCAAAUAAAAGCAGGCAGUAUAAAGUAUUACAGAUAUAUUGGCUCUCUUACGAUUCCUCCUUGCACACAAGAUGUUAUCUGGACAAUUGUUGAAAAGGUGAGGAGUGUCUCAAGUGAACAGGUCAAAUUGCUCCGUGUAGCUGUUCAUGAUGGGUCAGACACUAAUGCAAGACCAGUUCAACCGAGAAACAGGCGAGUCGUGCAACUUUAUAAACCCACAGUAGAGGAAGAGAAUUGAAUCUAGCUAGAGUUCUAUGUCUCAAGUAUAUAUCACCAACCUGGAGGAGAUAUGCAGGGUCUGGUUUAAAUAAGCAACUUAUGAUCACUAGGGUUCCUCUAGCUAUGUUUCUUUUGUACACCAUUUUUCCAUUUCUUCUCCAAGUUUUAGUUUUUUUGGUGGGGGAAGCUUGGACCAUGUUAAAUUACUUUUCCUUUUUGUUACAUAUAAAUAAUUCAUAUUAACUUCCGAGCAUAACUGUUCAAGCAAUAAUCAAAAUCCCACUUAGAGAAAGUGGAAGGCAGAAAGAUGAGGAGAAUUAAGUAGAAAACACAAGGGUGGAGGGAAGAGCAGCAUCAUAUAAAGCUCAUCUUAUCAGAUUUUAGAGGAUU